CAAGUUCGUGUUAUUGUCACUUGAAUUUUGUUGAUUAAUCCAUAUAUUUUCUAUUGCAAAUAACCGAAAAUGAUCGGCGUUCGACUAAAUACGUUCAGCGACAACUCUGGUGAACCAGAGCAAGAUGCUAAUUCAGCACUAACUGAGCUAGACAAAGGGCUCAGAUCAGGAAAAGUGGGUGAGCAAUGCGAAGCGAUAGUCCGCUUUCCGCGUCUCUUCGAAAAAUACCCGUUUCCAAUACUCAUCAAUUCGUCAUUUCUGAAACUUGCCGAUGUCUUUCGUAUGGGCAAUAAUUUCCUUCGCUUAUGGGUGCUGCGGGUUUGCCAGCAGAGCGAGAAGCAUUUGGACAAGAUCCUGAACGUUGAUGAGUUUUUAAGACGAGUAUUCAGUGUUCUACAUUCAAAUGAUCCCGUAGCAAGGGCGCUUGCACUCCGGACGCUCGGAGCUGUUGCCGGGAUCAUUCCAGAGAGGCAGAAUGUACACCAUGCUAUUAGGCGAGGGCUGGACAGCCAUGACAAUGUGGAGGUUGACGCUGCUAUUUAUGCUACUACCAGAUUUGCCGCACAUUCCAAUGCUUUUGCGGUGGCCAUGUGCAACAAGUUAUCGGACAUGGUGGAAUGUGAGAGCACGGGCGCAGAGCGGCGCGCCAAGCUCGUACGGGCCUUGAGGACUGUUCACGGUGGAGCGGUACGAGCGGGUGGUGUUCUGAAACUACUCCGUUCGCUAUUGGAGCGGUUUCCUUCAUCAAGUUCCGUGCGCGCCGCAAUCUCUGCGCUCACUGCCAUCGCUCAUGACACUGUCGUCCAUGUUCCUGAUCAGGUGGAGCUGCUCCUGAGUAUAGCGGCGGCCGACGCGCGCUCUUCGGUGCGGCGCGCGGCGCUGCUCGGGCUGCGCGCGCUAGCGCCGCACGCCGCGCUGUGGCCCGCCGCCGCCGUGCAGGCUCUAGUGCGCGCCGCCGCCGCCCGCCAGGACCCCGCACACACCAUGCUGUGCCUGGAAGUUAUGCAAAUCCUGGUGGAAUGCCCGGCGGUGAUCGCCGACGCGACCGGCUCGGCGCAGCUGGCCUUACGUGAUCUAUGCGCGCGCGCCGCGCUGGGCAGCGCGCUGCGCCCCGCCGCCACCGCCGCGCACGUGCUCACGCGCCGCGCCGUGCACUGCUACGAAGAAGGAAUACCCGUGGAAGGCGCCGAAUUGAUGCUUGCACUAGAGAACAUAGUUAUAGCGACGGGCGUUCCAGACGGACAAGACAAUAUACGACCGUUGCGUAUGGCUCUACGGUGUUUGGUACAACUAUGCAACGCAGCGCCGGCCGAAUACGCACCAAGAACCGGGCGACUAUUAACUUCACAAUUACGAGCAACUGGUUGGCGUCAGGGAGGGCCUAGGGCCUUAGCCUUAUUGGAGGCCUUGGGGGCCCUAGGGGGAGGCACUCAUGGGGCCCUCACACUUACAUUAACGGAUCUUAUGGAUGGGGCCGACGUAUCAGAGCCAGUGGAAGACGGCACAGCGCUAGUGCUCCUCUGUACAGUGAUAUUCCAAGAGCGGGCCGCCAAAGCGCUCAAAUGCAAGAUAAACAGCGCUUGGCAGGAGAAAAUUAAGGAAGCUAUCAGUAGCGCUGAUGGGUGGACGAAGUAUAGGGUUGCUAGAGCUGCGUUAAGAUACGGGCAUCACCGUUUAGCCGCUCAUGUGCUGGAGGGAUUACUUGGCGCGGCGAGCUCCGAGGCUACACAGCGAUGGUUGGCCUCGCUACAUCGGGCUGCUAAAGCGGACGCUGAACUUGUUGAACAAGGUAUAACGGGCUUGGAAGCCGCCGCGUCCUGCUGGACGGUGGCGGGCGGGUGGGGCGGCGCGGGCGCGGGCGCGGGCGGGGCGGGGGGCGGGUGUGCGGGGUGUGCGGGGUGCGCGGGGUGCGCGGCCUGCACGCCGCUGGCCGGGGCGUGGGUUGCUGCGCGCGCGCAGGCGCUGAGCGCGCUGGCGAGGACGGCGGACCGGGCGAGGGUGCUGUGCACGCAGCCGCCCCCCGCCGUGGCUCAGACGUCAAGAUCGCCCUGCGCCGCGGCAGGCGCAUGCGCAGCGGCGUUGCGUAAAGCGGCGCGCGCGGCGCAAGCUGUGGCGGCGCGGUACGCGCACAUAGCCCGGACGGCUUUCCACGCCGAUGAGGCUACGUUGACACAUCUGCAAAUUUCUCAGCACACGUUCACCCAGCUGUCCGAGUUCCUGGAGCGCAUCACCGGGCAGGCGGCGGCGCGCGCGCUGUUCGUGCCGGACAUCAAACCCUCCAGUCUGGAUGAGAAGAUUGCACUCGCCCCAGCCGAAGCCAUCGUCAACAUUUCUAACAAGCUCUUUGAUGACCCUGCCACUGGCAAUGGGAUCACGCAUCGGCAUGCAGAAGCGGUGCUGGCGGCGGUGCGCGCGUGCUGCGCGGGCGCAGUGUGGCCGCGCGCCGUGAGCGAGGCGCGCGCCUGCGGGGCGCUGUGUCGCCUCUCGCUCACACCAGGUACCAGGGGUCGCGGCGCUGAACAAGCGGCCUCGUUGCCGCACACGCACCACCUGGCGCUGAAGGCCGAGGGAGUGAUUCUGCCGCCGCCUAGAGGCAAAUCGCAACCGCCGCGACAAGUGAAAUUAGUUCAGCUCACCGUCACCGCCACGCCGCACCCGCGCACCAACGAGAAGACUGUCGAACUGACCAACGUACCACCAGUUCUCUCAGCGACCCAAACCGUCGCCCCUGUUCGAGAUUUCUUCUCGGCGCAACAACUGGUGGCCGUAUCGGCCCCAGGACUAUAUACUGUAGCCGUAGAAGCUGCCUUUGUUGACCAACAUGGGGCCUUGUGGAAUACAGGACCUAGAACAUCUAUUGUCAUUAAGGCUCACGAGGACUCCAGUGCAAAGGGAAAUACGCAAACCGCUAGGGGAAGAUUUUGAGAAAGCCGAAGUAACUUUUUUUAAUUACUCAUAUGACCAUAACUUUUAAAAGAUUCUUUCUUUUAGUUACUUAAUGAAUUUCUCGAGUGUU